AUGCUCGGCGUGGAGCGCACUAACUGGAACGUGGAGGACGAGGUGGAGAGCGCCGUGAGGCCCCCCAGCGCUCAGGAGGCGUCCCUGAGACUCCAGUGUAACGGUCUGAGUGAAGACUCCAGCUCCGAGACCAGCAGCUACUCCGAGAACAGCAGAACCACCUCGAAAACUGAGAAAACCGCACGCUCUCCGUGUUUCUGUUCCUCCUCUCUUUUCUCCGGCUCGUCGGUGGGCGGCGUCCCGCAGGUGACGGUGGCCUACCUGAGCCCUCUGGUCCUGAGGAAGGAGCUGGAGAGUCUGCUGGAGAACGAGGGCGAGGCGGUCCUGGCUCAGCCUCAGUUCCUGGAGAACCACUCCAUCAUCUUCUGGAACCUGGUGUGGUACUUCCAGCGCCUCGGCCUGCCCAGUAACCUGCUGCAGCUGGUCAGAGCCUCGCCACUGGUCAGCCAGUUCACACAGCAGGAGAACUCAGCAGUGAGGGUUCGGCUCCUCUGGGACACUCUGACCCCUGACACAGACCAGUGGCCCCCCCUCUACAUCCUCUGGAGGAUCCACAGUGGCAUCCCGAUGAGGAGCUACAGCUGGCGGAGACACAACCACCCGUUCACGCUGUCCUUCCUGGAGGAGGUGCUGCGCUGGGUCGGCAUGAACGAGGUGCACAAAGCCAUCACCCUCUUCCUGGACACGCUGGCCAAACAGCCGGGCUCCCCUGGACGCAGAGGUGGAGUGGAGGCAUGUAAACGGAGGCUGACAGCCAUGUUCCAGCACAGGAAAUGA